UUGAAACCGGAUAUUCCUUUGCGGUGGAUUAUGAGGGUACACCCGGCAUACGAGAUUCGGCGCGAAUCGCGGACAGAGGCGAAUAUAGCACAGACGAGAACACCUGUUCUAGAUGAAGAAAAUAACGCAUGCGACCCUUUACUGCUACACUCGAGAGAUGCAACCAAUUUCCGUGACUGACGAAGUAGAUUGAAACAAAGCAUGAAGGCAUCCUAUUGUAAAUCUUGGUGAGUUCAGCCCUCUCUUGCAGGCCAGCAACCGCAUUUU